AUGUUUUUUGGUUAUCGAUUAAUCCUAGUGAAACGAAUCUUUUAUUCAUCUAAUCGAUUCAUACGACAAGCAAUUGAUUAUCAAAAAAAUUAUUAUGAUAUUUUGGGAAUUAGCCAUAAUGCAACACAACAAGAAAUCAAGAAUGCCUUCUAUAUGUUAUCCAAAAAAUAUCAUCCAGAUAUCACUGGGAGUACUGCUGAGAGUACCCUUACAAAACGAUUUAUUGCAAUUAAAGAAGCAUAUGAUGUGUUGAAAGAUGUGAGUAGCCGGAAUGAAUAUGAUGCGUAUCGAGCACAAACAAGUUCCAAUUACGGUAAACAAACAUAUAAUAGACAAAAUACUGGAUAUACUGCUACCUGGAGAAGUAAUCGUUAUGCAGGUAGCAAUCAGUAUCGUAAUAAUUGGCGAUUUGAUGAUGCUCACUUGAAAAAGGUUUUUGAGGAGUUACAACGUCGUGCGGAAGAAUAUGAAAAAGCUCAAAAAGAGCGCGAUGACCGGUUCUGGGAAAGAUUUUAUCAGGCUGAACGAGAACAAUAUAAGCGGCGUCAAGAAAUGCCACCGAGACCUAGUGUUAAACUUGCAAUUGACAGUUGGCUCAAUGGAUCAUUACUUCCAUAUUUACCUUAUUUAAGUGCUAUUCUAAUUGUUUAUAUGAUUGGAUUCUUCGUUCUUUCACUACAUAGUAUUAUUUCGGGCAGGGAAGCAACCGAUAUUGUGAAUGAGGACGACCAUCCAUAA